AUGUGCUGGAAUGAAGAUCAUCUCCAAAUUUUCUUUGCUCACUCGAAAACAGAUCAGAGCGGUGACAAGCCCAGAGACCCCAGGAGAGUCUAUGCAAAUCCAGUUUAUCCAGAGAUCUGUCCCAUAUUGGCAUUAGGAAUCUAUUUGCUUUGCUAUUUACCAGAUGAACUGUCCCUGUUUCCAGGCAGAUCACAAUACAAGCGUUUCAUGCAGGUUCUUUCAAAAAUAAUGAUGCCGCCGAAUCAAUCAGCAACUGCAGUCACUGCCCAUCUGCGUUCACUCGGUUUACAACCAGAGGAUCUUGGAAGUCACUCUAUUAGGAAGGGGGCAGCAACUUAUUGUUCAUCCGGG